AUGGUAGAAUCCAGCAGCUUUGAUGCAGCGGAGCUGGAGGAAAUGUUGGCGGAGGCGCACGAUAAGCAGGAGAGACUCAAAUCAUAUAACAACCGGCUAGAAGAGGAGCUUCGCAUGGUGAAGGAGCGCGAGGAGCGCUUGAAAGAGUUUGAGAAGCUGCUAGAAGAGGAUCAGCGCCGAAUGAUCGACUUCCGGUUGAAAUAUAACAUCAAGAAACGAGAAUUAGAUAACCAGGAGAUUGUUUUGGACAAGGAGAAGGAAAAGUUGCUCAGUCAGAAGAAGUUAGCCACGGAGCAGUUGGACAAGGUUGAGCAGCAGCGCACCAAGCUUGAGAUGGAGAAUAAGGCAGCAGAGGCGAAUCUGAAGCGUCUGGAGGAGAAGGAGGAGCAGCUGCUUUUGUCGAUUAAGACUACUCGAGAUAAGAAGAGGGUUCCCGUACAGCAGGCGCUGUAUGCGCAGCUGCAGCAGGCGCAGCCAUCCUCUGCGCCCACCUGGAAUGCUGUUGGCCUCUCUACCAGUCUCACUGCGUCGCCAAUGCCGGUUAAUUCGUCAAUGACCCCGGUACCUGCCGUGGCCCCUUACGGGUCGACGGGAGUUGACCAGUUCGCCCUAAGACAUGCUUUCAGUACCCCGCAACUGCCGUAUGUGGCGCAACAGACCUGUAUGACACCUGCGGACAAAGCUCACAUGGCGGUCACCUCCAUGAUGCAGUCACCGCCUCAUAUGUAA